UGUAACGCAGUUUAAAUUUUGUAACGGUCGUGUCGUGUGUGUUGUGUUAAAAAAUCGAAGACUAGAUAAACCCUACAACGUAUUUAAUAAAUAAGUACCCCUAAUUGUUAACUUUUAACAAUUGAGGCUCUACUUACCUGCAAAUGUUACACAUAUUGUCAAUCUAAACAGUAUUUUUAUUUAUUUGUCUAUCUGUAAUAUAUAUUUGUAUAUUAUAUAUACAUAUUGUGUAAUUACGUAUGUUUGUUAGCAGAAAAAAUCAAGUUGUUGUUAUUAUUAAAAUAGGUGUUUUUAAUAAUUUUAUUCAUGAAUUAUUACUAUUAAAAUUGAAUCAUGAAAAGAUUUUAUAAUUGUAAAUAAUUUAUCAGCAUAUUUUUAAUUUAUAAGAAUUGAGUAUUUAUAAUUAAUUACAAUGGAGAGCUCAGAUGCAAUCCUUAAGUGUGCCACGGAGUUGAUAAAAGAUCGAUUUUAUUUUGUAACCCUACAAGCAGAUGUUAAACCAAAAAAUACUAUAGACACACAUUACUUCAGCAUUGACGAUGAAUUAAUUUAUGAAAAUUUUUACUUUGAUUUCGGGCCAUUAAAUUUGGCAAUGCUGUACAGAUACUGUCUGAAAGUUGAGAAGAAAUUAAAAACCUCGGGGUUUUUUAAGAAGAAAAUUCUUCAUUACACGACAGCUAGUGAACCAGAAAAACGUGUUAAUGCAGCAUUUCUAGCUGGUAGUUAUGCAAUUCUUUAUUUAAAAAAGACAGCUAGAGAGGUGUACGAGAGCUUGGUGAGCAGCCCGAAUAGCCCGCCAUAUAUCAUGUUUCGUGAUGCAUCAUUUGGUGCUCCCUGUUAUCAGAUUUCCUUGAAGGAUUGUCUAAGUGCCAUUUACGAGUGUCAUAGAUUGGGCUUUUUCAACUUUGACGACUUCAAUGUCAAAGAGUACGAGUAUUAUGAGCGAGUUGAGUACGGGGACCUGAACUGGAUCGUCCCAGAAAAAUUCAUUGCGUUUUGCGGACCUCACGCUAAACUUAACAAUGAAAAUGGAUACCCGCUGCACGCACCCGAGUCUUACUUUUCUUACUUCCGUCAAAAUAAUGUUACGACAAUCGUACGGUUGAAUAAAAAAAUUUAUGAUGCAGCACAGUUUAUAAAUGCUGGGUUUGAUCAUCGUGAUUUAUUUUUUCGAGACGGUUCGACGCCAACUGAUGCCAUUGUCAGGCAAUUUUUAAAAAUUGCUGAAAAUACUAAUGGUGCUAUCGCUGUUCACUGCAAAGCUGGUCUGGGUAGGACAGGUUCAUUAAUCGGCUGUUAUAUAAUGAAACAUUAUCAUUUAACAGCCCAUGAAACAAUUGCAUGGAUUAGAAUAUGCAGACCUGGUUCUGUUAUUGGUCAUCAGCAACAAUGGCUUGAAGAGAAAGAAUAUUAUCUUCAUUCUUUACUACGUGAGCCAUUACGAGUAGACAGCAAUGGAAAUCCACCUCAUUCGCGUGGAAUAUAUUCAAAUCUAGGCUGUAGCAGUGGUGGGACAUCAACCUACUUAACAUUCUCAUCAAAAUUGAACCCAAGCGGAUCAACAUUGGAACCGCAUCAGCCGAAUGAUAACGUCUCCGGAAUAGUCCAUCGCGUAGAUGAUAUUCAUCUGGAUGACUCUUCGUUAUUAUCCACAAAAUCGUCGUCGACUGCUACAUCGACAACAACAACAACAUCGACAAUUACUAGUGCCGGUAAUAAUGCUAAAUUACAACAACAAAAGCAGCAACGCCCACAACGGUUUGCCUUAAAUAUAAAAACUCAAGGAGACAAACUCAAUGAAAUAAAAAUGCGUAGACAGACAUCGUCUUGUACGAAUAAUUUUAGUAUUGGUAGGAAAGGCAUCGGGCAGCCUACUGUUAUGCUUCCUAAUUUGGGCUUACUGCUGAAGUCAUCAACGUCUUCGUCAUCGUCUUCAGUGACGUCGAGAACUAAUCAGAAAGGAACUAGCAAUAAUACGAUCGCUACCAUUAUUGGAUCGAAGAAAGAUAUUAAUAAACGUUUGUUAUCACGUUCAAAUACUGCGGCAACAUCUUCACUUGUUAAAAGGAGCUCCCGGAGAUUAAGCUGCAGCGGUAAUAGUCCAAUCAGCAGGCCAUCUCCAUGCUACAUGAGGUCUAAAACAACAACCCAGAUCCACAAUAAUCACAAUAAAAACAGCGUUCUGAUCUCUAACUGCAGCAGCGCGAUAAGAUCUGGUUGUACAAAUACAAAACCGAUAACCCGGUCAUUCGCAUCGCGCGAGCCAGCUUCAAUGUCACCGAGUACCACAAAUAUCAUCACGCAAAUUCGCCGGCCAACUUUAUUACCUACGGCAACUGCAUCUUCAACUACUUCCGCUGCUAAUAACAACAAUAACAGUAAUAAUAACAAUAACAAUAACAAUAAUCAAAAUUCAACACAAUUAUCGAACAACAACACUGGUAGUAUGGUUUUAAGAUCUGCUGAUCGUGUUAAUCGUUAUUUUUCUAAAAAAGAUGGUGUCAAGCGACGUAGACAACGCCAACGAAGGAAGGUUAUGACCGGAGAAAUUUCAACUACUCGCAGAACUUCGCCGAGAAAAAAACAACAGCAAAAGGAACAACAACAACAACAGCAACGAUGACCGUCAGUAAUAAUUUUCGGAUAAUUUUUUACUGAAUUUUAUUUUUACUUUUAAUAAUCACUUUGCAAUUUAUUAUUAACAUACGUACGGUAGGACAUAAUAUUAAUUAUAAAAAAAAAAAUAAUAAUAAUAUUAGGUACACGAUUCUGUUGUAGCGAAUCAUUUUAUAAAUUAUAAAAAAAAAUAUAAAUAUGUAUGUAGAGUGUAGAGUUAAUUGAUCGAUAGAAUUUUAACAAUAUGUAUAUAAGUGCGUACGUAUUUUAAAUUUAAUUUUUCGCACAAUUAAUAAAUGCAUAUUAAUUAU